AUGACAACCACUGGCAGAUUCGAUGCCUGUGUGACGUCUUAUGAGAUGGUUAUCAAGGAGAAGAAUCACUUGCGGAAGUUUCAUUGGCGGUACAUUAUAAUCGACGAAGCCCACCGCAUCAAGAAUGAGAACUCUCUCCUCUCCAAGGUGGUCCGGCUGCUGAGGACCAACUACAGGCUGCUGAUCACGGGCACCCCACUGCAGAACAACUUGCACGAGCUGUGGGCGCUGCUGAACUUCCUGCUGCCCGAGGUGUUUGCUUCGGCUGAGCGCUUUGAGGAGUGGUUCAACAUCGGCGAAGGGGGCCAGGAGAAGGAGGCAGAGGUGGUGCAGCAGCUGCACAAGGUGCUUCGGCCGUUCCUGCUGCGCAGGGUGAAGUCAGACGUGGAGCGCGGCCUGCCACCCAAGAAGGAGGCCAUCCUGAAGAUCGGCAUGUCCCAGAUGCAGCGCAAGUGGUACGCCGCCCUGCUGCAGAAAGACAUCGAUGCCCUCAACGGUGGGGUUGACAGGUCAAGGCUGCUCAACAUUGUGAUGCAGUUGCGCAAGUGCUGCAACCACCCCUACCUCUUCAAGGGCGCUGAGCCUGGGCCCCCCUACACUACUGAUGAGCACCUCAUAGAGAACUCAGGCAAAAUGGUCCUCCUUGACAAGCUGCUGCCCAAGCUCAAGGCUCGUGGCUCCCGCGUACUUGUCUUCUCCCAGAUGACUCGCGUCCUUGACAUCCUUGAAGACUACUGCCUGUUCCGUGGCCACGUGUACUGUCGGAUAGAUGGCAACACCAGUGGCGACGAUCGGGAGGCAGCCAUCGACGAGUUCAAUCGGGAGGGCACCGACACAUUCAUCUUUCUGCUGUCGACACGAGCCGGGGGGCUGGGGAUCAAUCUGGCAACAGCAGACGUGGUGGUGCUGUAUGACAGUGACUGGAACCCACAGAUGGACCUGCAGGCGAUGGACAGGGCACACAGAAUCGGCCAGAAGAGGGAGGUGCAGGUUCUGAGGUUCUGCAUAGAGAACUCCAUCGAGGAGAAGGUGAUAGAGAAGGCAUACAAGAAACUGCGGUUGGAUGCAUUGGUUAUCCAACAGGGUCGCCUCACGGAAACCAACAAGAACAAGGUCAGCAAAGAGGACCUGCUGUCCAUGGUUCGCUAUGGUGCUGAGCUCGUCUUCAAGUCUGAGGCAGGCAGCAUCACCGAUGCAGACAUCGAUGCGAUCAUCGCAAAGGGCGAGCGGGACACCAAGGAGCUGAACGAAAAGAUGUCAGAGUUCUCUGAGAAUGCCAUGAAGUUCACCCUGGAUGGCGGGCUGUCCGCAUAUGACUACAUAGGUGAGGAGGAGGCUGAGAACAAUGUGGAGCUGGACCUCAAGCAGCUGAUCGGCAGGAAUUGGAUCGACCCCCCCAAACGGGACCGCAAGCGGGUGAUGAACUACUCAGAGAGCGAGUACUACAAGCAGGCCAUGAUGAAGAGCAAGCCUGAGAGGGCCAGUGGCCCGCGGUUGCCAAAGCUACCCAACCUGCAGGACUUUCAGUUCUUUGACGUGGCGAGGCUGACAGAGCUGUUUGAGCAAGAGAAUGCCUAUGAGGUGUUCAAGUACAGGCAGAAGCAGAAAGAGGAGCAGGCCAGAGGGCAAGGGGCCACAGAGGAGGCAGUGCAGGCCCUGUUGAAGCCCGAACCCUAUGAACCCCAGCCCCUGUCUAAGGAGGAAAUUGAGGAGAAGGACAGGCUACUGGAGUCAGGUUUCACAAACUGGAAUCGCCGCGAUUUCAACGCCUUUGUCCGGUCCUGCGAAAAAUAUGGGCGGAAUGACAUUGAGAACGUGGCAAAGGAAAUCGAGGGCAAGACUCUGGAAGAGGUGAAGGAGUAUUCAGAAGUGUUUUGGAGGAGGGUAAAGGAGCUGAAUGAGUGGGAGCGGAUUGUGAAGAACAUAGAGCGUGGAGAGCAGAAGAUAAGGAGGCAGGCUGACAUCAUGAAGGCGCUGGCUGCCAAACUGGACAGGUAUAAGAACCCAUGGCUGGAGCUCAAAAUCCAGUAUGGCGCCAACAAGGGCAAAGCCUAUACGGAGGAGGAGGACCGAUUCAUCGUGUGCAUGAUCAACCAGCUGGGCUAUGGAGCAUGGGAUGAGCUCAAGUCUGAGCUGCGCAAGAACUGGCGCUUCCGGUUUGACUGGUUUUUCAAGAGCCGAACGCCACAGGAGCUGGCACGGCGCUGUGACACGCUCAUACGUCUCAUUGAGCGCGAGAACGAGGAGCUGGAGGCGGCGGAACGGGAGGAGAGGAAGAAAGCGAGCAGCAAGCGGGGGGGAAGCUCCAGGGGUGGCAGCGACAGCAUGGGCAGUUCCAAGAAGCGAAGAGUGCAGGGCAGCAUGGGAGGGUCUGCAAAGAAACCAAAAUAA